UUUUUUCGUUAAAAUAUGAGUGGAAAUCCUUUUCUACAGCCAGAUUCGCCUGGCCUAACGUCUUCUUCAAGAAACAGAAUGGCUAUGAGACCAGCUUAUAACGCAAUGCGUGCAUCAUCUGAUGAUUACCAUGAAUCGAACGACGACAUGGUACAGGGCGACUUUUCUGAAUUUGAAGCUGUAUUGAGAGAGAUUCAUGAAGGAUGGGCUUUUAUGUUGGAAGACGACUUUGAUCCAGUUGCUUUGACACUUAAACUAAUGGACGACAGUUCUGUUGGUAAAAAAAAGGAUUACAAAGCGUUUCAGCGUGUACUUUACAACCUCGAUAUGGCUCUGAAAACUAUUGUCAAUGAUUAUUAUAGAGGAUUCAAUAGUUCAAUUGGCACUUUUGGUGGUGUCUUGCAAUAUAUCAAUGAUUCUUCAACUAGAGUAGUUCAAAUGAAAUCCAACUUGAAGAAAUGCAAAGAAGAACUCCUCUCUAAAAGAAACGACUUGUUGAAUUUAUGGUACAAAUCACAACAGUACAAAGAAAUGCUCAGUCUUUUGGAGAUAAUAGAAGAACUACGAAUUACACCAGAAAAGAUUGAAGCCAUGAUGGAAAGUAAGCAUGUCUUGGGUGCUGCUAAAUUACUUGUGAGCUCUUUAAAGCAAGCCAUGAACAAAGGAAUGAUGCAAAUUGGUGCAUUAGACGAUGUUCGAAGAACCUUAACAUCGCAAAAGAAUCUCUUGUAUGAUAUGCUUGUAGAAGAACUUCAUAACCAUUUAUACCUAAAGAAUUCAUACUGUGAUAACCGAUGGGCAACUUACACACCUCAGCAGCAAGAUUUGCCUGAAAUUGCUGUCAAACCAAGAGAGUUUAACGAAUCGUCACAAAAGGAUCAAUUUAAGGACUAUCAAGAUUUCGAAGACUUGUUUGCUAUUGAAAAUGACAUUUUGACUGAAGAUCCAGACAAAAAUCCAGAAACAGACUCUUAUUAUUAUAUUGAGAUCAUUACAGAAGCACUUUUAGUGCUUGGAGAAAUACCCGCUGCUAUAGAAACAAUUCAAGAACGACUGUCUGUUGAAAUACAUGCUAUUGUAGACAAGACAAUUGCACAAGUGGAGGCGAGGCAUGUUAAUACAGGAGCUACCAGUCGCAAAAAUGAUAAAAAUACCGAUGAAAAUGAUAUUUAUUGCCUUGAUAAAGCAAACUCUGAAUCAAAGAAUGAAAUUCUCAAAGAUCUUUUAUGGACUUUAUAUUCCAAAUUAGAAGCUGUUCUUCGAGGACAUCGCUUUUUAGAAACCUGUGCAAGAAGAAUCAAAAAGAGAAUUCAAACUGCUAAGGCAAACUCAGAAGAAGUCGGAUUUUCUACUGAUUUCAAUAUUUAUCAUUUUCACGAAAUAUGGAGACCUGUUCAGACUGAGAUUCGUUCUAUCUUGCAAGACUAUUUGUCAAGCUCAGAUCAAAACAUUGUCUCUGUCAACGAAAACACUUCAAACAAAUCGUUCCGUGGUAAACGUGAUAACCCUAGACAACUGUUUUCUUUUGCAGAAGCGGGAGGAGACAAUGAACUGGAUGAGUCUUAUGAAGGCUUAAAGAAAACAUUGCUUCUUUCAUACAAGAAGCAAAUUCCGGGCUUUGAUGUUUCUAACCCAAAUGCGUCCAUUCAUUCUACUAUUGUUGAUAAGUUUGCAAAUGAUGUGUCAUCCAAGGGUCACAAAGUCUUGGUUAAGCCUGACGCUUAUAAUGUUAGUGUCUUAUUGAAGCCUACAAUGGCAUUCUUACAACGUCUACGACAAGUAUUUCCAAACUAUGAUGAUCACAAUGAAGAAGGAUUUGGCAGCUUCUUGGAUGAUUUUGCUGUAAAUGUAUUUUUACCUCAGAUUGAAGAAAAAGUUAUGCAACUUAUACAACAUGCUACUGUUGGCUUGGAUGCAUUUCAAGAUGCUCGCGAUUACAAAAACUACUCUAGAUACCCUAUUGCCAAGAGCGCUGUUGCUUUGAUCUCUGUCAUUCAGAGCUUGUGUCGCACUAUGCAUAGUAUGCCUUUUCAUACUGACGAAUAUGUCCGACUAGUUGAAGUAGUUUUACUCAAGUUUUAUGAAAAAUGUUAUCAACGUUUCUAUUCUACUGUUGCCCGUGGAAGCUCUUACGCUGAUGAUCAGCAGAAAAAUGUCACCGAUGUUACUAUUAGUACCAGUGGUGACUGGGCUCAAGAUGAAAGUCUUGUCGGGCUGCUUGCACAAAAUCCAUUCUUUAAUGAGGACUCGAAAGCAGAUCACGAAUUCAUAAAGGCAUUAAACCAAGCGGAAAUUGCCAUGGAGCUGAAACUCAAGAACGAUAGAUUGUUAGAAUCCAACGAAUUGAUUUUUGAUUCCAAGAAAUUGAUUGCAUUAGGCAGACUAUACCAUACCUUAAAGUGGUUUGUACGUGAAAUAUGGGACUUACGCUCCUCUGAUCUGCCUCCAUCAACAGCAGUUAAUCAAGAGCAAGAGUCUCUGGAAGUCAGAAACUCAAAACGAUGGUCAAGUCAAGAUUCCAAACCACAACUACUCGAAACAAAUGAUAACACGACGCCUGUUGUUCUACCUCUUCGAGGAGAAAUUGCAAAGCGAUUUGAUGCUUUGCUCACGACAUACCAACAACUUGCAGAAACAUGUCUAUUUACAUUGCGUUUGGAAGGCCGUUGCCACACCAUGUAUUAUCUUGAAAUGGCAAUUCGUGAUGGCAAUUACCAUCUUGAAGACGAGUCGUUUGAACCUGAUCCAUAUAUCAUCACUCUUAACUCUGAUCUGAUGGAGCUUGACGACUGUAUUAAUGCUUCUCUUCCACCUAGAGACGAGCUGUUUGCAUUUGAUGGCUUGCCUGGAUUGAUUGUACAUCUCUUGAUAUCCGAGGCAACGUACAUUAAGCGACUCAACAAGAAUGGUGUACAAAAGAUGGUUCGAAAUAUUUUAGCACUUCAACAAAACUUGAGUAAUUUUGUACCCUUGUCUCAGUGCUCAGUGAUGCAGCGCGCAAGAGAGUACUAUCAGCUAUUCGGUCUAGGAAGUGAGGGCAUCAUUAAAUCCAUCCAAGAAAAUGGGGCUAAAUAUACCUUUGAUGAAUACCGUGUCAUACUUGGUUUAAUUCACGACAUUAGUCAAGAACAAGAUGAGGAAGGUAAAAGUACCACACCUGCUUCUGCAGAAGAAAAGUCAAAUGGCUCUAAAUAUAGCGAAUGGUUAAUGAAAUUGGUGGACUUAAUGGCAGAUGACGAAGACUAAUAAAGACCCUCUUUAUACGAUUGACUUAUGGCACAAGUGUUAGUGAAUGUAACAACAGAAACAGGAGAACAUAAUGGUUAUGUCGAGGGUAGCAACGAUAUGUCAAAUCAUAUCAAGGGGGAUGCAUGCAUCUGCAUGACAGCUCUUAGCUAGAUAAGGGCAGGUGGUGGCACAUAAUAUAAACAAUGGAAUUUAGGCGCUCCUGCUUUUUAGGAGGAACAAACAAAGACUAUCAUGUAACUCAGCACUUUAGGAAGAUUCCAUGUAUUUUGUUUGCCAAUCAAGGAGAAGAUAAGAAUAGUACAGGAUUGUUUAUUCUUUAUUAGGCCUUUUUGUAUAUGUGAGAGGCAGUGAGGUGACUUUUUUCUUUGCUUAAUAUAAAUUGUCCCUCU